UGUCUAAAACCUAUUAUACUAUCAAAAUGAUAACAUCUAAUUCAUUUAGUCCAGACGUUAAUUCUUACAGGCCUCGGUAUUGCUUGUAAAUACGUACUCUACGUAUUUUUUUGCUGUAGUUUUAAGUUUGUUGAAUGCGUGAUUAAUCAUUGAAUUUGCAAGUCGACAGAGUGAUUUUUUUCAUGAAAAUGUGCUAAAAUCAAUUUGAGGAUAUUUUUCACUAAUUCAAUGUCACAAAGUGCAAGUUAUUCGGUAUUUUUCAUCGUCAAGUAGAUUCACAUGAUCAGUGAGGUUGCAUUAUUCUUGGCUACAUUCAGUAGGUUACUAGCGGCUUCAAGCAUUAAUACUUAAAGUAAGGCUUUAAUUUGUCUUUUCCAACUGAUUCCACUAAUAUUUUGUAGGAGUCCUUAAAACAGUAUUACAUAUAACUGUCUAUGGCAAAUCCCUUUGUAUUUAUGUUACAAUUUAACAUCAGACUUUUGUAUCAUUUAUUUUUUAUAUAUUUUAUUAAUACAUACUUUGUUUAUAAACAAUUCAAUAGCUAAAAAUAAUAAAAUAUAAUUCAUAAAUAACAGCAUUAUAGCAUACUAAUAACUUGAUAAAGUUUAUUUAAGUAACAUAUUUAGUUAUACUGUUUGUUUAAUUUGGAUAUUAUAUGAUAUCAAAUUAGACACUGUGUAGCCAGACAUACUUCUUAUUAUGAAGGUUGAAAGUUUGUCAACCCAUGCUUCUACCGAAGGUCUGGUAGUUACUUAUGGAGUUUGAAAAUUGGUGGCUUUUAAGAUAGCCAGUUUCAAGUUUGUCCAAUUAUAAAACAUGAGUUUUUGAUAUUUUCUAUGGGAUACUACAGAUGUAGAGUGUUUUAUAAUAAGAGACUGGGGACAUGAGUUCUCAUAUUGUGCUGAGGAAAAUAUAAAAAUUCAUGCUUUAAAAUUAGACAGUUGAAGUUCCACCCUUGAAAUACCCAUGAAAGUUGAAACUAAAUUCAUUAUUGGCUAUCAUACUUAUCUAUGGAGUAGAAUUUUCUAGUGACCAAGUGAGGAAAAGGUCCAGGAAAGAAGAAAAAAAUGGGGUAGAAUUAAGGAUAGGUGGUAUAAGCUGACAAACUUUCUGCCUUCUAUAAAUUUCUGGCUUUUGGUCGAAUAGUUGUUAUCAUUAUAUUAUAUUUUUAUUUUGCAAAUGCGAAUGUAAUAUUAUUUGUUUACUAAAAGAUAAAUUUACAUUUCAUUUGUAUGUAUUUAUAACUUAAUCUAAGAAAACAACAUCUAAACAGAAUCCAUUCUUCAGCCGUUACAGCAAUCUAUACUUAAUAUUAUAAAUGUGAAAGUAAGUCUGUGUGUUAGCUUUUCACGGCUAAACCACUGAACUGAUUUAAAUAAAAUUUGGUAUUGAGAUAAAGUGAACCUUGGAAGACUACUUUUUUCUGGAAUAAUCCAUGGAUUUAAACAGACUUACUUAUAACAGACUUUACACAAAUAAAGCUCCAGGAGUCUGCUAGUACUUUAAUAAAGUAAUCAAAUCUAUACUAAUAUUAUAAAGCUGAAGAGGUUAUUUGUUUGUUUGUUUGAUAGAACGAGCUAAUGAAAUUGUCCGAUUUGAAAAAUUAUUUCAGUGCUAGAUAGCCCAUUUAUCGAGGAAGGCUAUAGGCUAUAUAUUAUCUCCGUAUGCCUACAGGAACAAGAACAAAGCGGGUGAAACCGCGCGGUGUCAGCUAGUAUUCUAUGUAACGAGACUAAGCGAUAUGUUCCAUAGCAUUUGUAUACAUGACGCUGCACCCACCCUGGCGCCGCAAUUUUUCGACAUCAAAUUUACUGUUCAAACACAUGUUUGUCACAUUAUUAUAAAUUCCCGUCUAAGUUUAGCAAGAAAAAGAUAAUGUUACUAGUAGUAGUAGUUUUGCAAAACUUAAAAUUAUUUCUUGUCUUGAAAAUGUCUUGAAAUUAGCUGGAAUAACCACUUAUAUGUCAGAAAUCCUUUGCAUCAUAACUUGCUAAUCUCAUGAACUAUUGGUUUAAAUUAAUUUUUUUUUUAUGUUGGUAGUCCUUGAAGUUGUUAAAAAUUGUUUUUAAUUGAAAAAUAUUAUCUUCUUGAAUAAAGUAAAAUUAAUAUUGGCUUAUAAAAAUUUUGUUUAGUUGUUUCUAUUUUGUGAUCUAAUUUAGUAUUCAAUUAUAAAGAUUUAUAGGAAUAAAAAGUAAGUUACUGUUUAAAACGGUCCUAUUCAAGUAGGUACAUAGUCUAAGUUUGUUUACUAGGUCCAAACUUACUAUGAGGGGCACUGUAGUAUAUAAUGAGUGUCAAUUCAUUGUGUCAUCAGUAAUAAACUAGCUACCGAGCAAGACUGUCUUUUACUCGCACCUUACCGAUAUACCAACUGGCGACGAGUCGUGUACAUACCCGCGUUUAAAAAAAAAAAAAAAUGAGUUCUUAUCUCGGAAACUUAGCCUUUUUUGACUAUAAAAUUAAUGAGUGGGAAGUGUUUCACAGUAGAUUAACACAGUUUAUAAAGUUAAAUAAAAUCUCUGAUGAUAGUCAAAGUGCAGUGUUAUUGACACAUCUCUCGGAUGACUCAUAUCGGUUAAUUCGAAAUUUGGUGCACCCAAAGAAGCUCGAAGUAUGUAGUUAUACUGAGCUGGUAGAAGUGCUAAACCAGCAUUUUACGCCAAAAAGGUCGACCUUCGCAGACAGGGCAAAAUUCUACGAAGCAAGCAGAUCGGACGGUGAGAGUAUCGAAGAAUGGGCGGCGCGGCUAAGAGGGUUGGCCGUAUAUUGUGACUUCGGUGCAGAGCUGGACACGCUCCUGCGCGACCGUUUCGUUCUGGGCUUCCGAGCAGGGCCGGAGCGUGAUAAACUCUUCGAAUGCGAUUCGAAAACCUUGACAUUCGGACAAGCCUUGGAAGUGGCACAGAAGACGGCUUGUGCGCGACAGGCGCGCGUCGUCGUGAAAGAGGAGCCAGUAUUUCGCGUCGGUGAGCAGCGGAAGGCUGGCCACGGCCAGGCUCAGGCCAAGCCGAGUCGAUCGGAGGAUAGAUCGAGUGUAAUGCAGCGCUGUAGUGUGUGCGGGUUGCGAUCCCAUAGUGCCGAUAAGUGCAGGUUCCGUAACCUGAAGUGCAGAUCCUGUGGGGGAGGGCAUUUAGUUAAAAUGUGCAAAAAUAAAUCUAAUGUGCAUAACAUCGGUGCACAAUCGGAAGGGUGUUCCCAAGACCCUCUUGCAGGGAGGGAUUGCAGGGAGUGUGACCUUUUUAACAUGAGGUUUCCAAACUAGUGUUGGAGGGAUGUAGUAUAUAAUGAGUGUCAAUUCAUUGUGUCAUCAGUAAUAAACUAGCUACCGAGCAAGACUGUCUUUUACUCGCACCUUACCGAUAUACCAGGCACACGCCCCGCACG